AGUCUAGCCACCAGUAUUUUGAGACUAUAGCUUAAGUGAAAAGGGCUGGAUUUUGAAGAUGAUACAGGUUCUGAAAUGCUUGGAAGCAGUGCGAGGAAAGCUCUGUGCAGCUUUUGUAGGGAUCAGGGUUAACAAAACCUCAGCGGUUCACUGCUGCUAAGAGGCUGCGGGCUGUCUGCGUCCGCCGGCCGUGAGCUAGAUUAGACAUCUCUAUGGUCAAAUAAACAUAGAGCGGUUCCUCUCGGCCCCACGGGGUGGAGCUGCGCAUGAGCGGUAGCCGCAGCAGCGGAAAGAUGGCGGAGGAAGAGCAAAGAAAAAAGAUCCCUUUGGUUCCAGAAAAUCUCCUGAAAAAGAGGAAGGCUUAUCAGGCCCUCAAAGCCACCCAGGCAAAGCAGGCGCUUCUGGAAAAGAGGAAGAAGAAGGGGAAAGAGCUCAAAUUUAAGCGACUGGAAUGGUUCCUGCAUGAUUCCUGGCGGCAAAAACGUGACAGGGUGCGCCUCAGGCGACUAGAAGUGAAACCUCAUGCCUUGGAAGUGCCAGAUGAACAUUCCUUAGCGUUUGUUGUACGCAUCCAGAGGAUUAAUGGGGUGAGUUUACUGGUGCAGAGUACCAUUGCAAAGCUUCGCCUGAAGAAGAUUUUCAGUGGUGUCUUUGUCAGAGUGACCCCUCACACCAUGAAAAUGCUGCGCACAGUGGAACCUUACGUGACCUGGGGAUUUCCAAAUCUGAAGUCUGUCCGGGAACUCAUCUUGAAACGUGGACAAGCCAGGGUCAAGAAUAAAACCAUCCCUCUGACGGACAACACAGUGAUUGAGGAGCACCUGGGGAAGUUUGGUGUCAUUUGCUUGGAAGACCUCAUUCAUGAAAUUGCCUUCCCGGGGAAGCAUUUCCAGAUGAUCUCAGGGUUCUUGCGCCCUUUCCAGCUCUCAGUGGCCCGUCAUGCUACCAAGAAUAGAGUGGGCUUCCUCAAGGAGGUGGGCUCCCCUGGCUACCGAGGUGAACGCAUCAAUCAGCUCAUCCGGCAGCUGAACUAAACCCAGAAUAUCUGAAAGCACAAUGCGUUGGAAGCGUGUGUUUUUGUUUCUUGGAAUUGUUACCCAGUAUCUUCAAAGAAGAUUAUUUCCUGCUAUAUCUUCAGCAACUGGAGAGGAAGGGUCAGGGAGAGGAUGGCGAUGGUCCUGGCAGGCGCUUCUCCUCAGAGUCCGGUUCCAAGGAAAAGUUCCUGUGUGUUUCCAGUUGGCCGCCACUGGCACCUCUGAAAUCAGCAAACGACUCACGCCGUGGAGGAGGGAGUCCUGCUUUGUCACAUCUUCUUUCCGGGGGCUUAAUGUUGGUGAAUGAAUAUCAGACAGCAGUGGACCAAGUCCAGGGGCAUAUUGAACUUGGGGGUUCCUAGGGCCUUGUUUUGGAAAGAACUUGAAAUACAGUUGGAAGAGCACAAAAACACUGCUCAGUUGUCUCAGCUGCGAGUCCAUGUUCUAACUUUCCAGUGAUGCCUUUGCGAGCUCGCAGACUUGGCUGGCUCUAAGUGUGUCUGGUAGUUUCCUUCUGGUUUGGUCCUUUUCUCUAGCUCAGGAUUUUAACCUCUUCUCAUCUGUGAGAAGGGAAAGGACCCUUUCCCAGGAGAACAUACGUCAACUCCCAUUUUUGCUUGGAAGUUGGAGGGCGUUUGUAGACCCUUCGCAGGGAGCCCUGCACCUCAUGUGAGGAAGGCGUGCGCUGUCAGCGUUGCUCAGCCAGGCUGUGACCUUGCUAGUCUCCUCUGCUUCCAUGUACUGCGGAAGACCAAAGCUUACCCAAAUAGCGUUUGUCCUUCAUGCCAAUUGGGCGUUUCCUGUUAAGAAUACAGUCGUCGUUUGCCGA